AAUUAUCAUAAAUUCAGUGUAGAAAGAAAUGCUCUAAGAAUUUAUCAUAAUAAAUAAUAAUGGUAAAAAGAUAAAAAAAAAACUGGUGGCAAGUCGCCACAGACACAUGUCCGCAAGAAGAAAUUGACAACGUAGAGAGUAGAGAAAAUGCAUGUUCUUCUGUUAAUUGUUGUAGCUGAAUGCUUGUAGAGUCUGAGACCCACGUUUCUAAAUCGGACCUUGAAAUUCUUAGCUUCUGAUUCUUCUCCGAUUAAUCUCUUUGGUCGGCCACCACCACCUACCGUCACUCAAAAGCACCAUACGGGAUCCGAGUAUCAAACUUGUUGUAUUCCAGUUGAAGUUGAAAUAUUAGGAAAAGCGUGCGUCAGGCUUUGUACGGUAUCAGGUUGGAGAGUGGGGGAAUGCUUGGUUCACUGAAUUUUCAGGUUGUUUUACAUUUGGAUUUCGGGAAUGAUGCUCAUGUAUCUGGAAUAACUUGAAUUGAAUCAGGUACAGGGUGAAUUGGCUUGUCUAAAAGUUGUUACACGCCAUUGAUGACUCAGAAAGCAGCAGUGACAGAUGAGCACCAGUUCUUUUCAAAACCUGUGACAUGAAAGUUGCAAUAACUGUUAGGAAGCUUGGAUGUACCUCUAAUCUUUUGAAGGAAACAAGUAUUAAUAUUUACCGUAUAAUUAUUGCGGGGAAUAUCAUUUAAUUUGGAUAUGAUGGAGUUCUGUGCUGAAAGUUCCCAUUCAAAUGGGAAACAAAUUUUGAAGCAUUCUAAACCUGCAGAUGAAGUGAAAAGAUCCAGUGAAAAGGCUCACAGAAAUUCUCAUUCCAAUGUAAAGCAAAAUUUUAAGCAAACUUCGACUUUUGUUAAUCAUGCUGCAAUUGCUUGGCAUGAGGAUAGAAGAAAAUGGGUUGGUGAUAGGUCUCAGCAUCCACCAAGAAUAGCUAAAGAUCAAAUUAUUAGCUGGUCAACGUCUUAUGAAGAGCUGCUUUCAACUAACGAACCUUUUGCAGAGCCAAUUCCCUUACCUGUGUCCGCGUGCACUGAUCAUGAUCGUAGACGGAGACCAUCUAUGUUCUCCGCGUUAACCUCAGCAUCUAAUCCUUUUAUAUGUAGAAAUGGUUAAUGGUUAUAUUUUGCAUCAUUUAUCUAAUGACAAAUUUCAUUAUAUAUGCACACACCCACCAUAAAAAAAUAUAUUAUUUGUAUCUCAUGAUCCAUCAGCAAAUUGACAAGUUCAAAUCCAUGUAUUAAAUAUAUGGUUUCAUCAAUGCUACUUUUUCAUUUCUAAAUUCAAA